AAGUUUUGAGUUAACAUGCAAAGUCCUCUGUUGUCCUCUGUGUUCUCCCCAGCUGUGUGCCGUCUGCCCUUGGCGCCCCAUGCCUGCACAGGCCAGCCACCAAUCUGGGUCUUUGACUCCUCUAUAGGUCUGUGUCUUCCUUACAAGCAGGACUUUUGUCAGGCCAACGGCAACAAGUUCUACAGUAAGGCCGAGUGUGAGGAGUACUGCGGGGUGGUGAAUGCUGCUGAUGAAGCAGAGCUCCUGCAGGCAAACUGAUUGAGAUGCGGUCACAUCACUUCAUAACUCAAGAUGGAGAUUUGGUUUAGACAUUAGGGUUGCACAAAAAGUGGAGACGCUAUGGAGGCCUCCUCGUAGACAUUUUGAGCCUCCAAAUCUGGUGAAUUGUUCAU